AUGGUAGAUUUGCCGAAGCAUCGUAAAUCGUUUGUCAAGGCAUUUCAUAGUGUAUCAAUCGAUUGUUGUGGACCAUUCAUGAUCAGGGCUGGAGCAGAGAAUCGAGGCAAAACCAGAAGGGUCGACAUUGUCGUAUUUGUGUGCACAUCAACAAAAGCCGUCCAUCUUGAGAUUGUUAGCAGUCUCUCAACCGAAGCUUUCUUGAGCAGCUUCCGACGCUUUAUAUCUCGGAGAGGAGUAUGCAAGGAGGUCUACUCAGACAAUGGACGAAAUUUUGUUGGGGCAUCAAGGGAACUCCGACGUAUGCUAACUGAUGAAGCCCAAGCUCUACAAGGCAGUACGAGUGACCUCAAGAUCGUGUGGCAUUUUCAGCCUGCCCGCUCACCUCAUUUUGGGGGAUUAGUUGAAGCCGCAGUCAAAUCUGUAAAAACACAUUUAAAACGAGUAGUCGGAGAUCAUAGGCUCAACUAUGAAGAGUUUUACACAAUCUUGACACAAGUGGAAGCUGUGUUAAACAGCAGACCUAUCACAGUACUUUCAGAUGACCCAAGAGAUCCACAACCACUUACGCCAGGACAUUUUUUAUUGCUUGCGCCUCCAACACAGUUACCCGAUGACGACCUCACUUCAGCAAACAUCAACCAUUUACAACACUGGGAACUUUGUCAACGCAUUGUCCAAGACUUUAUUCGUAAAUGGAAGAUCACUUAUCUGCAUUCUCUUCAAGAACGAGCAAAGUGGCACACCGAGAAGGAGAACAUUCAAGUCGAUGACGUCGUAGUGUUGCACGAUGCUUCAGUUAGCAAGGGAGAGUGGACGUUGGGAAGAGUUGAAGCAGUUCAUAAGGGCACUGAUGGCAGGGUGAGAGUCAUCGACAUUAAAACCCCAAGGGGCACGUAUCGAAGGGCAAUAACCAAUGUUUCUAAAUUACCGAUGUGUGGGAGUCACUCUCCACCUAGGGAGCAUGUUUAA